UAGAUGCCCGAUAUUUAAAACAUGGUCUUACACUUCUACUACUUAAGUUGUGAUCAAUCUUAAUUUUUAAAAGCCUCUUUUUGGUAUCUCAAUCUCAAUCUCCCUCUCACCCUCUGGUCCGUUCCUUCACUCUGCUCUCAAUUCUAUCAUCUCAUCAGGUUCAGAUCAAAGCUUAGACAAAACCAUGGCUGAAAAGACAAUCACAACAAUGGUGAUCAAGGUUGACCUUGAAUGUGAGAAAUGCCACAAGAAAAUCAAGAAAGUACUGUGUAGAAUCCCUCAAAUUCAGAACCAGAUAUAUGACAAGAAGGCAGGCACAGUGACCAUCACUGUGGUAUGUUGCAGUCCUGAAAAGAUCAAGGAAAAGAUAAUCUAUAACGGAAGUAGAGCUGUCAAGAGCAUUGAGAUCAAGGCUCCAGAGAAACGCAAAGAACCGGACAAGACAAAAGGAGCAGAUGAUGGCAAUGACAAGCCCAAAGGACCAGACAAGCCGAAAAAACUUAUUGUUGAACCAUCAAAACCAAACGAACCAGAGAAGCUGAAAGUGGUUAAUGUUGAACCAGUCCACCCAGGGACAUGUUGUGCUGAAUGCUACCGAGGGAUUAGUGGAGGCCCAUGUUAUCAUGACUAUGGUAGGCCGGCACCCCCAAGUUAUGAAAUUUAUGGAAGGCCAGUGCAUGAUAGUUGGGGUGGCAGCGGCGGCUGUGGUUGCCGAAGAAGCGGUUACUAUGCGUGCAGAUGUGAAUAUGAUUGUGAAGAUAAUCCCUCGUCAUGCACAAUCAUGUGAAAGCAUCAAGAAUGUCGAUGCUUUAAGCCGAUCUCCACCAAAAAUCACUGGAUUUGGACAUUAGUAUGGUGUCGAUACGAUCAAAUUAAACAAUAGCAUUACUCAUGCUCAUGUCAUAACCUAGUAUAGCUAGCUCUAGUUGUCUAUAUAUGUUGAAAUGUUGGGGUCAGUUUUGGCUGCAUAUUGGGUCUUCUUUCUUCGUUAUAAAGGUUUUAUGUGAUACAGUAAGGUUGGUGAUGUGGGAACAAUAAUCUUUUAUUACAAGAGUUGUUAAGAUUUUUAAUGAAUUAAUAUAAGGGAUUUUAAAAGCUCCAUAAUCA